AAACUAGGACAAUAGUGGCAGUUGGAUGGCUGGCUGCGCUCUCAGUAUAUAUAAAAACAAGUGGCCAUUAUAAUAGGCAUAUCAUAGGCAGGAGAGAGCUCAGUCGUACGGAUAAGAAUAACAGGCUACACUUUCCAGCAGUCGGAAGGACAAUUUAUGCGUCAACAUGUUUAGCAGAUCUUUAUUACAGAUCGGACUGCGUGUUUGUACACAGGAGAAUAGGAACGGGAUUAAAAGAGUGACACCGACGUUAACCUACAUUAGUGACAGGCGGCGCGAUGCCUCUACCACUAUCGUGGGGGACAACAAUAAACAGAAAACUAUGGAUGAUUUGGAUGGGCCUAGUUUUCUGAGAUCUUUAUAUUGGCUUUUCGGGAAAGGGUAUUUUCAAACAACACAUCAAAUGCAAAUUGAACACAGCAAGAUCUAUGGCCCUCUGUGGAAGUCAAAGUACGGGCCCUUGGUGAUAGUGAAUGUGGCCAGUGCUGAGCUGAUUGAGCAGGUGUUGAGACAGGAGGGCCGCCAUCCCACCCGCAUGGACAUGCCCCACUGGAGGAGUUACCGCGAGCUGAGGAACCACGCCUAUGGGCCCCUCACAGAGAUGGGUGCUCAGUGGCAGCGGAUCAGGAGUAUCCUGAACCCGCGGAUGCUGAAGCCUAAGCAUGUCUCAGCCUACACCAACGCCAUCAAUGACGUGGUCACAGACUUCAUAGAAAAGGUGGCAUGGCUCAGGGAGACCAAGGGAGAAGGGGUCAUGGUGAACGAUCUGGCUGGAGAACUCUACAAGUUCGCCUUUGAAGGGAUCUGUUCUGUGCUGUUUGAGACCCGUAUGGGCUGUCUGAAUGAGGAGGUUCCUGAAGAGACCCAGAAGUUCAUUUUUUCAGUAGGAGAGAUGUUUCGCCUCUCCCCCAUCAUCGUUCUCUUCCCCAAGUCCACCUGGCCCUACCUCCCCGUCUGGAAACAUUUUGUGGCUGUCUGGGAUCACCUCUUCAAAGUUGCGGAGGAGCAGGUGCGUCAGAAGAUGGAGGAGAUCCAGGAGAGGAUCUCCCUGGGCCAGCCAGUGCAGGGAGAGUACCUCACACACCUCCUUGUCAGCGAACAGAUGUCUGUCACUGAGAUACUGGGCUCCAUCACUGAGCUACUGCUGGCUGGGGUCGACACAACGUCCAACACCGUCUCGUGGUCUCUGUACCACAUGGCCCUGGAGCCAGAGAUCCAGGAGAAGCUGUACCAGGAAGUGAUCAGUGUCUGCCCGGGGGACAAGGUGCCAACUAGUGAUGACAUCGCCAGAAUGCCCUGGCUUAAGACUGUUGUCAGGGAGACACUACGGAUGUACCCAGUAGUACCCGGGAAUGCCCGCAUCAAUGUGGAAAAUGAAAUAGUCGUGGGGGACCACCUCUUCCCCAAAAAUACCCUGUUCCACCUGUGUCACUAUGCCGUGUCCUAUGACCAGACAGUGUUCCCGGAGCCCCAUGCCUUCCUGCCACAGCGCUGGCUCCGUGGCGGCCGGGGGGAAGACAAGAAGAACCAGCACCCCUUCGGCUCCGUGCCCUUCGGUUUCGGGGUCCGGGCCUGCCUGGGCCGGAGGGUGGCCGAGCUGGAGAUGUACCUCAUCCUUUCAAGGUUGAUAAAACACUAUGAGAUACGUGCAGAUCCUGCUGGAGCCACAGUUAAGCCAAUCACAAGAACCCUUCUUGUCCCUGCUACCCCAAUCAACCUGCAGUUUAUUAAUAGGACAGUCCAGUAGCAAGAGGAACCAAUGGCAGCAGAAGGAAUUUCCCUAUGAACCACAUUAGUAUCAAAGGUGGUAUAUUAUAUUGACAAGAUAAACAAGUGACCGCUGUGACAAUGGAAAUAUAUAUCCUGAAAGAUAGAGGAAGCCAGAUCAGGUGAGGCCAUUCUAGCCAAUGAAAGGGCAGAUGUGUGUGAACAACAGGCCAAAGAUAUAGAUAGAGGACUCAUCUUUGUAUCUGUGCUAUUAUAUAUUUAUUUUUGUUAUUUGAUUAUUUAAAAAAAACAUUU